CAGACCGUGAGAGAAGGACGGCGACUGGUCGUGGAGACUUUAGAAGACCUUGUUGACAGUCGUGUGUUGUGUGCAUUAGUCAAUUCCUUUGCACCCGGUACAUUUACAACAGAAAUCAUGUUGAAUGAUAGAUGGACUAUCAAUUUAGCAUUAAAAGUAUUUGAAAAAAUGAUUCGAUUAGAAACUCUUGUUGACUCUGAAGAUCUUGUGCAGGCUGAUCCAAUGGCAAUGUCAGCUUACCUCUGUGUUUAUUUCAUGUGUGGAUUCAAGUUGAGACAAGCAAGAUCUGUUAUUAACAGACUCGCCGAAUUGGUUCAACUAAACCGUGAAGCCAAUUAUGAGUUGGAGAAUUUCCCAGCCAUAAUUAAUACUAUGCAGCAACUGAAAAGAAAAAAGGAAUUGAAAAGUAAUCUGGAUGCUUACGAAGAAGAAACAAAGAAACUUCAUAAGUUGUAUGAUGUAGGAGAGUGUGAGAGAUGGUGGAAACAUAUUGAUGAAAUACAAGCAGAGACACGGGGAAUUGUAGCCGAGAGAAUGCGACAGAGAUUUGACACAAUUACUGUACCCAGGAACAUCACCAUCACUGAUUUGUGCUUGUCUAUGGUCAUUAAUCUUAAUCUGACAAGUGGAUCAGGGUUUUAUCACGCAAAAUCCAAAGAAACAUUUACACCAGAUAGGAAGAUUGUACUCAAAGAUGUUAACACUGGUGACUUCAUUGACGAUUUCACACAGGCUAAAGGACAAAAGAAAGUCUCUAUAAGAAAAAUACUAGGUUUGCCAAAACAUGAUGUGAUUGAAGUAAAUCCCUCAGAUUACCCACAGUAUGAGAUGUACUUUGAAAGUCAGUCUAGGAAUAAAACACUAAAGGCUGGAAGCAUAUUCUUAUACCAAGUAUUUCCUGGGAAUACAUUACAGUGGGAACUCCUGUAUUUUAAAGCUGCUAAAAUGGGAGAACUUGACACAGUGCAGAAAUUGGUUGUCUUUUUUAAAUCCAAAAGACCCACAUUUAUUAAUGCUAAAGAAAAGAGAACAGGAAAUACUGCACUACAUUGGGCAGCAAGAAAUGGGCACUAUAAUUCUAAUGGUGCUUCACCAUUUUUCUGUGCUGUGGAAGGCCUGACAAAAGGAAUAAGUCAGUUGUUGGUGGAAUGGGGUGCUAAUGUUCAUGCAAAGAACAACCAAAGUAGAACUGCUUUUGUUCUUGUUAGAAAUGACGAACUUAAAGUAUUUCUUUUAGAAUAUUAUGAACAUCUAACUGAUGUUGUGCCUAAGUUAAUGGAUGGAGAUGUAGAAUUACUCAAAUGUUUAGUGGAAUAUCAUGUCACUGGAAUACGCCAAUUUUCCAGUCUACGAAGCAGGUGUGUUAAUGGUAGUACAUUGAUCCAUACUGCAGCUUAUUUUGGAGCUAUUCAGGUGAUAAAAGUACUACUCAAAGAGAGAGUGGAUGUCAAUCUACUGGACUAUAAAGGAGCCACCCCACUACAUAGGGCAAAAGAUAUUGACACAAUAAAGGUAUUGCUUGAUAAUGGUGCCUUAAUUAAUGCUGAAGAUUCAGAAGGUAAUACAGCCUUACAUGUGAAGUGUUAUGGUGAAUCAAAUAAACCAACGGAGACACAAUGUAUUAAAUUACUGUUGGCUAAGGGAAUCUCCUUAACACACAGAAACAACAAACAACUUCUUGCAGCCCAUUGCUGUGCCAUGCAGGGAAGAGUUGAUGCAUUGGAAAUUCUACUUGAAUUUGAUAAAAAUGCUGAAAUCCCUCAAGCACUGGAUAAAGAAGAUCCUAAAUCUCCACCUAGUCUGAUUCAUCUCGCCAUUGCCAAUGACUUCUUGGAUUGUUCACAGUGGUUGGUGGACAAUGGUUAUGAGUUCAAGUCAGGUGAACAAGACUUACUGGUACAUAGAAUACUAACGGAACAAAUUAAAUGCAAAAAUCGAGUUGAUGUAAUGAAGUUUUUGUUAGAUAAUGGCGCAGACAUGUCACAGAGAUAUGCAGGUGGAAAUACUGCUCUACACUAUGCAUCAGGCAUGACCGGACCUACAGAUAUUCUAGAAUUAUUGAUAGCGUACGGAGCCAAUGUAGAUGCCGUCAACGAUGAUUCUGCAUCAGCCUUAUUUUUUUCAAUGCAGUGUAAUAAUAUGUAUGCUGCCAGUGUACUCAUUGAUAAUGGUGCCAAUGUGCGUCAUAAGAAUAUACAAGGGUUGAGUUCAUUUGAUUGCAUUAUGGAUUUUGAUGAGUGGAUUGAAUGCCCUUACUUCAAUGAUGAGAUUAAAGCUAGACUCAAGGCCUACAGCUUGAAACACACCAGGGACUUAGUGCGUGCCAUUACCAAGAAGGUGAAGGGAAACCAAUCUGUACAUGUUAUGCAGCAGUCUUCACCCACCAUGCCUGCCUCAUUGCUGGGGUCACAAAGCAAGACUUUGGCAUUGAAUCAGUCACAAGGCUCAUUGCAGACUCAAAGUAAAAUGUUGAUUCCUAUUAGUCCACAGUUACAACAGAUUCCUAUGGCAACCAGUUCUGGGAGAACAAGUGGUGUCAUGUUUCCUCCAUUGAAGCAGAAUAGUUUUCUGAUGUAUUAGUGUUAUUAAGUAUCCUAAUUCAACUAACUUGGUUACAUGUACAAAAACAUUUAUCAGAAAAUUAAUUUUGAUGUAUUUCAUACUUUGUGUAUUCUCUUUCAUUUACAAAAUGAUAUACAAGGUAUUUG